AUGGCAUCUUAUGAUCGCUUUAUGAUUAUCUUAACAACUAUAAGUUUUUUUACGAUUUUUGAUUGUAACUUAUCGACUGUUUCCUCACGAUAUGAACAAGAAAAGAUCACGAAAACAAAAGUAAAUUUGGAUAUGCGUCGAAUUCGACAGACACUUCAACCAUUUCAUUCUCUAUUGACAACACGAGAUCUUUAUCGUCAACAUUAUAAUAUGCUUAAAACUCAAUGGACAUGUUGUCCUUUACAAAGAAAUAAUUUAUUCGAUAGACGAGAUGUAUAUAAUACUGUUAUUGGAACAUACGAAUGUUAUGAUUUCAUACGACAUAAUCAAAAUCAAUUAUCGAAUGAAUGUCGAGAAAAUCUCAAAUUAUUUAAUCCAAUACGUGGAGAUAUUCCAGUGUGUGAUGGUGGUUUACUUCGUAAUAUUGCUGAUCAAUAUUCUUUCGUUGUACAAUUAUCAAAUUAUACAGAAAAAUUUUGUGAUCAUGCUUUUCCUCCGUUACUCAUUUAUUUUAAUAUUUCUCAAAUAAUUCGGUGUGAACGUGCCAUUAGAAAAGAACUUAGAAAAAAUUCUCAAGAUUAUCUUACAUAUGAUACUCUCAGUAGAAACAUACUUGAUAAUUAUGUACACAAUUUAAGCAAAUAUUAUAAUUGUAACGAUUUCAAAUUGCUACAAAGUGAAGAUAUUAAGCAAGACGUAUUUCGAAAUUAUAACUUUGAAUAA